UUUCUAUCUAUUCUAUUCUACGUUUUUGAUAUUAUCGUGAAGCGUGGGUUUGGUUCGUGACGAACUGUUCGUCUGGUCCUUUUACUUGUAAUUUGUGCGCAGAAUUGCUUUUGCUGGAUAAUUUGAAAGUCGAAAUGGCGAAAUUCGAUCUGACAUCACGUAUAGGUCAAUAUCUUGAUCGACAUUUAGUGUUUCCUCUUUUGGAAUUUUUAUCUGCAAAACAGAAUUACGAUGAGGACGAACUACUUCAAGCUAAACUCGAUAUUCUUAGUAAAACAAAUAUGAUUGAUUACACAAUUGAUAUUAGGAAACAGCUGUAUCCUAACUUAGAAAUACCAGAGGAGUUAAAAGCUCAUCGUGCAGAUGUAGUUCAGGAGCUUGGUAUUUUACAAAAUAGUGUAUCGGUUGUAGUUGCACUUAUGAAUGAUGAGGAAGUCAUGAAAAAAAUGGAAAAUAUGCGAGAUUCUAAAGCAUUGAAUAAUUAUCUAACUCAAGAGGCUGAUUUCAGAGUGGAAAUGAUGGAUAACUUUGUAAAAUUAGCAAAAUAUCGUUACGAGUGUGGCAAUUAUGCUAUUCCUACAUCGUAUUUAUAUUUCUAUAUGCUUAUAAUGCCACCAACUGAUAAGAAUUAUUUAAAUGUGCUUUGGGGCAAAUUGGCAUCAGAAAUUUUAGUGCAAAAUUGGGAGACUGCAUUAGAAGAUGUAAACAAGCUGAGAGAAUAUAUUGAUAGUAAUGUUAUAGGAAACUCUCUUCAAAUAUUACAACAAAGAACGUGGCUUAUUCAUUGGAGUUUAUUUGUAUUUUUCAAUCAUGUGAAAGGCAGAGAUUUAAUUAUAGAAAUGUUUCUUUAUAGACCACAUUACCUCAAUGCUAUUCAAACAAUGUGUCCUCAUAUAUUACGAUAUUUGGCUGCAGCUGUCAUCGUUAAUCGUUCCAGGCGAUCUAUACUAAAAGAUCUUGUAAAAGUAAUACAACAGGAAUCUUAUACGUAUCGUGAUCCUAUUACCGAGUUUCUAGAACAUUUGUACGUCAACUUCGAUUUUGAUGGAGCUAGACAAAAAUUGCAAGAGUGUCAAACAGUUGUAUUUAAUGACUUCUUCUUGAUCGCGUUACUAAACGAAUUUGUAGAAAAUGCUCGUUUAAUGAUCUUCGAGACAUUCUGCCGAAUUCAUCAAUGUAUCAGUAUUGGAAUGCUUGCAGAAAAACUUAAUAUGAAAGCAGACGUAGCCGAAUGCUGGAUCGUCAAUUUAAUACGUAAUGCACGAUUAGAUGCCAAAAUAGACAGUAAAUUAGGUCAUGUUGUAAUGGGUGGACAACCUGCCUCGCCCUACCAGCAAUUAGUCGAAAAAAUCGAAACGUUAAGCGUGCGAAGCGAAGCAUUAGAAAACUUAAUUGAACGCAAAUUGAAAGCUAAAAAUCAGGAGCCAGUAAGCAUAGUGUGGAACUAAGUAAAUACUAAAAACUCCUUGGAAUUUGGUCUUGUGACGUCACAACAUCAUGUACGGAGAUACUAUCAAAAAAAGCAUUUAAUUCAAUUCAGAGUGCAAGAACAACAUCUAUAUUAAAAUAAUCCAGUUUUAAACGCAAAGAGAAUCACAUACUGUAUAAUAAAAUGAAUAUAUUCUUUUUCAUACAUUCAUAGAAAAAGUAAAAUUACAUGAAUAAAUUGCCUGCAUUUUGAAUAAACGCAUGUAUAUGUCUAAAUUACAGCAUGCAAAU